CCCCCGCCGCGGGCCAUGGCGGCAGCGGCGGGCUCCAACUGGGGCCUGAUCAUGAACGUGGUGAACAGCAUCGUGGGGGUGAGCGUGCUCACCGUGCCCUUCUGCUUCCGACAGUGCGGCAUUGUCCUGGGAGCUCUGCUGCUGAUUUUCUGUUCUUGGAUGACUCAUCAAUCCUGCAUGUUCCUGGUGAAAUCCGCCAAUCUCAGCAAGCGCAGGACCUACCCCGGCCUCGCAUUUCAUGCCUAUGGAAAAGCAGGAAAGAUGUUGGUGGAAACAAGCAUGAUUGGGCUGAUGCUGGGAACUUGCAUUGCUUUCUAUGUGGUCAUUGGUGAUUUGGGGUCCAACUUCUUUGCCCGGCUGCUUGGAUUUCAGGUGUCGGGCAGUUUCCGGAUAGUCCUGCUCUUUGCCGUCUCCCUGUGCAUUGUACUUCCAUUGAGCCUCCAGAGGAACAUGAUGGCCUCCAUACAGUCAUUCAGUGCCAUGGCUCUGAUCUUUUACACGGUGUUCAUGUUCGUGAUUGUGCUGUCAUCCUUCAAGCAUGGCCUCUUCAGCGGGCAGUGGCUGCAGCGAGUUAGUUACACUCGUUGGGAGGGCAUUUUUCGCUGCAUCCCCAUCUUUGGCAUGUCUUUUGCCUGUCAGUCUCAGGUCUUGCCUACCUAUGAUAGCUUGGAUGAGCCGUCUGUUAAAAUCAUGAGCUCCAUAUUUGCUUCUUCCCUAAACGUGGUCACCACCUUUUACAUUACGGUGGGCUUCUUUGGCUACGUGAGUUACACUGAAGCCAUUGCUGGGAACGUCCUAAUGAACUUCCCUUCCAACCUUGUGACGGAGAUGAUUCGAGUGGGAUUCAUGAUGUCGGUAGCUGUGGGGUUUCCGAUGAUGAUUCUCCCGUGCAGACAGGCGCUGAACACCCUUCUCUUUGAGCAGCAGCAAAAAGACGGCACCUUCGCUGCUGGGGGUUACAUGCCCCCGCUUCGGUUCAAAGCCCUGACGCUGGCUGUUGUGUUUGGAACCAUGGUAGGAGGCAUCAUGAUCCCGAACGUGGAAACAGUCCUCGGCCUGACAGGUGCGACGAUGGGAAGCCUCAUUUGUUUUAUCUGCCCAGCUCUUAUUUACAAGAAGAUCCACAAGAACGCACUUUGUUCACAGAUUAUACUGUGGAUUGGCCUGGGAAUACUGGUUAUCAGUACGUAUACCACCUUGUCUGCAACGGAGGACGCCCCUGUGAAGACAGAAGCGAUGGGCUUGGAGCACCUGGACGGAGAGGAGAACAGAAUUGACCAGGAUUCAGUCAAAAUCCCAGACCAGAACCCGGCAGUAGAGGAGGCGGAGGAUGACCGCGAUAAACCGAAGCUGCUGGAUGAGAAGGAGGAGAUGGAGCAGCCACAGAUCAAGGUGCCCAUGGAGGUACCCAAGAGAGAGGAGGAGAGAGGAAAGCUGGAGGAGAAAGUGCAGCUCGACCGUCCCGACCAAGGGAUUGCCCUGCCCGUGGGGGAAGCGCAUCGCCACGAGCCACCCGUCCCGCACGACGAAGUCAUCGUGGACAUGGGGCGGGAGCGGGAGGAAUCCGAUGAGAACAAGCUUGCACCCGGAGGAGCCAACAAUCGUCUGCUUAAGCCGGCGCUGGAGGAGCCAGCAGCACUGAAUCCCCAGAAAGAGGGACUUGGCCCGAAACAGGGGAAGGAAGCGAUUGCUGAGAACCAACUGCAGGGAGGGACUGACGAGCCCGUUAAGAAUCCGAAGAACGUCCUGGAGGUGAUGGUGCAGCAGGAUGGCAGGCCGCCAUACAAAGAGCUGGAGCCAGACAAACAAGGGCUGAAAGCCAAGGCGCAAGCUGCUGUGCCGGACGGCGAGAAGAAAGCUGAGGCUGCAGGUGACAGGGAGAAAUCAAAGCUCCAGCUCCCCAGGAAAGCAGAGGAGGCUGUGAAGUCCGUGGAGAAAGAAGCCGAACCUGGUGAAAAGCAGGAGCUGGCCCUCCCAGACAGAGCAGAUCAGCUGGAGCCGAGGGAGGCCCGAAACACCGAGGAGAAGCAACAGGAGAACGCGGAGAGCAAGCUGGAGGAAGCGGGGCAGGCGAAACUGCUUGAUCAUGCUGUGCUGCUGCAGGUGAUCAAAGAACAGCAGGUACAGCACAAGCAGCUACUGGACCAGCAGGCAAAACUGCUGGCUGUAAUUGAAGAGCAGCACAAGGAGAUCCACCAGCAAAGGCAGGAGGAGGGAGGAGAGGAGAAGCCAAAGCAAGCGGAAACGCAGCAGGAUCCUGCUGCGCCUCUCUCCAAGAGCAAGGAGGACGAGGGCCGCGGAGCUAAGCAAGAAGCUGCUGCAAAGCCGCUCAGCAAAGAGCUGUUGGAGCACCCUGUGCAGGGCCCGGGCAGGCAGCCUGCUGACUCCGCGGAGCAGCACAGGGGGACUGCAGGAAGGCUGGAAGAGGCUGGGCACAGGCGUGAGAUUCCUGGGGUUCCUCCCAAGGAACGGAAGGUGCUGCCACAGGAGAAUGACAGAGCUGUUAAAAAUCCUGCGGAGAACUGGGAUCCCCUUCACGGGGAUGCCCAACACAUUCCAGCAGCCAGAAACCACCUAGAAAAGAAGCCCUUGGCGGAGGAUUUAGGAGGAGGUCAUGAAGCCAAAGCUGGAAGAGACGUCCAUGAGAAGAAGAAUUCCCUGAAAGCCGUGGAAGUAGCUACAGCUCCCAUCCAAAGAGAACAGCUGGGGGCUGCCAAAGUUCAGGGAGUAGCAGGAAAGAGUCUGGAAAGAGACUCAGGAAUAGACCUGAAAGCCAAAGCUCUGAGUCAGGUGGAGCCCAAAGACCUGGCAGUUGUGCUGGGCUCCUCCAGUAAAAGGAACGUGGCGGAGAGCGAGCAGCACCUACGGGAGCGUCAGAGAGGCGCAGACACCGAGGGAGGUGAGGGUGCUGGCGGACGGCAGCAGGCCUCGCAGAGGGACCUGGCUGGCAAAGGUGGGGCGGAGGAAGAAGCUCCUCGGGAGAACGUGGCGGAGGUGGCCCAGGACCCGCAGGGAGGUCUCCGGAGCAAGCAGAGGCACGGGGAUGGGGGUCUCUCAAACGAUGCGGAGAAGAAACCGGGCCCUGAGAAUGCUCCUGCCCAAAAGCCUGAGAAAGGAGCAGCUGCCCAGGGGGAGCAGAAGCUGGACCAUGAUGUCAAACCGAACCGGGACCUGAAACUGCAGGCGGACCUGGACCUCCGCCGGAAGAGACGGGACCUGCUGCCUCCCGAGGAGGAGGAGGAGGAGGAGGAGGCUGCACAGGGGGCGGGGGUCUUCAUUGGCCUGAACCCCCUUCCAGAUGUGAAAGUAAACGACCUCCGGAGUGCUCUAGAGACACGAUUAAACCACGUUGCGGAGGGGGCUCAGCAGGUGGUCCACAGCCGGCAGAUCAAGCAGAUGACGCAGGCGGACGGGAGCGUGUGAGCGGGGUGGUCGUGCUCGGUGGGUGGCUGCGGGUCUUGGCCACAGGCACGAGGCUGAGGAGCUCCGUAGGGAAGGUUCAAGUUAA